UUUGUUUUUUUCAAAUAUUUUUAUAUGGCAUGACCCGAAUAGAACUUUGGCAAGCAAAUUAAUAAAUCGAAAAGCAAAUGUUAAUGGCUGGGCAAAUGAAUGUGGCUUGAUGGAUGGAGGGGGGCAAUUGGCCCCUUAACGAUGAGUGCCGGAUGUAAAAUUUACUUUAAGGAUAUGAAUAUGGCCCAUAGCAUAUGAGAACAAACGGAAGAGCUUAAAAAACAAGUACAAAAAAAUAACCAAACAAAAAAAAAACAACAGUACCAACAACCAACCAGCAACAAUCCAACCAACAGAAGAAGCAGCAGCAACAACAACACUAAAAACACAGCAACACUGCCAGCAACAGCAAUAAAAAAACCAUUCAACCCGAAAGACGAGAAAAGAAAGGGGAAGAAAGUGAAAGACGCCGAAAGAAAAGUAAAAGCCAAAAGCCGAAAUUGUAAACGUUCCCAUGUAAACACUUGAAAGCUCGUUAGGAUAAUACAUCCUGGCUGGAGCAACAUACACACACACAUACAAUCUCAUCUGCCACUCCCUUAACCCGUGUGUGUGUGUGUGUGUGUGUGUGAGUGUGCGUGUGUAAUCAUGCGACAACAUAGUCUGAGUAGCCAUAGCUGGAGCUACUCCCAUUGCCACCGGGUCUCACCUUCAUCUCACCGUAACGCCUCUUCUUUUGGGCCAUUGCCAUUGCAUAGUCGCGCUUCCGUUUCCGUCUACGCUCACUCGCCUCAUUUCCGCUGCGGCUGCAAUUAAGCGAACUAACCCCCCGAAAAACUACACUACCAACUAGCAACAGCAACCGUUGGAGCAACAACAACAGCUACAAAAUGGCACACGAGACUAACUUUAAUGAUGCUCUAGACUAUAUAUAUAUAGCGAAUAGCAUGAAUGACAAAGCCUAUUUAAUAGCAGAUCCUCAACCAGAUCCAAAAGAUGAUAAUGACGAUGAUAACCAUGUACUGUUAAAUGAAGAGGAAGAGGAAGGCGACGAGGAGGACGAUUUGGAGGAGAAUAGUAAAAAUAACAACAACAGUAACAACCAUCACUAUUACAACGAUGACAAUGAUUUGCCAACUGUCAGAUCCUUGGACGGAAUCAUUCCCAAUACAGAUACGUCAACCAGUUCACCCCUGGCCACGGCAGCCUUUGCGGCAGCCGCUGCAAGUGCUUCAGUUGCCGCUGUUGCUGCCCGCAUAACUGCGAAGGCGGCACAUCGAAGUUUGGCCAACAAUAGGGCGACAGCGGCAUCAACAAUACAAUUGAUCGAUGUGGACAAUAACUAUACAAAUGUGGCUGUUGGCCUGGGUGCCAUGCUAUUGAAUGAUACACUCCUACUCGAGGGCAAUGUGAACGAUACGGCAUUGAGCAUAUUUGGUGAAUUUGUAAAUCGUAGCGGGCAAUUGGCAAACGAUAGCACAGCUAUCAAUGUCACUGCCAGCAAAGUGGAUGUCGAUGCUGAGGAUGACUUCACGCAAUUGCUGCGCAUGGCCGUUACAUCGGUGCUGCUGGGCCUGAUGAUACUCGUCACCAUAAUUGGCAAUGUGUUUGUCAUUGCGGCAAUUAUAUUAGAACGAAAUCUACAAAAUGUGGCCAACUAUCUGGUAGCUUCAUUAGCUGUAGCUGAUCUAUUUGUUGCCUGCUUGGUGAUGCCUUUGGGAGCUGUGUACGAGAUAAGCCAAGGCUGGAUUCUUGGUCCGGAAUUGUGUGACAUUUGGACAUCAUGCGAUGUUCUUUGCUGUACGGCCUCGAUAUUACAUUUGGUGGCCAUUGCUGUGGAUCGCUACUGGGCGGUGACUAACAUUGAUUACAUCCACUCGAGAACAAGCAAUCGUGUCUUCAUGAUGAUCUUUUGUGUUUGGACAGCGGCCGUUAUUGUCUCCCUGGCACCGCAAUUUGGCUGGAAGGAUCCAGACUAUCUGCAGCGUAUUGAACAACAAAAAUGCAUGGUCUCACAGGAUGUGGCCUAUCAGGUUUUUGCCACCUGUUGCACAUUCUAUGUGCCAUUGCUUGUCAUUCUGGCUCUUUACUGGAAAAUCUAUCAAACAGCACGCAAACGCAUUCACCGACGACGACCGCGGCCCGUCGAUGUGGCGGUCAAUAAUAAUCAGCCCGAUUCAAGUGCGGCAACGGCAACAGAUACGAAACUUAAUCGACUGAGGCUACGCCUUGGCAGAUUCUCAACGGCCAAGAAUAAAGGCGGAAGUGGAGCUACAGCCUGUGGUGGCGGCGCCAGCGGCACCGCUCUGGGCCUGGUUGAAGGCAACUCAACGAAUACGGUGAAUACAGUGGAGGAUACUGAGUUCAGUAGCUCGAAUGUGGAUAGCAAAAGUCGCGCUGGCAUUGAGGCUCCUAGCACUUCAGGCGGUAGUCAGAUAGCCACUGUGUCCCACCUGGUGGCCCUGGCUAAACAGCAGGGCAAGGCAGCAACCAAACCACUCGCGACUACUCCAGCAGGUGGUGAGAAGGCAACAGAAUCAGGACAGACAAGCGAGAGGGAGGCGACAACCACAACCGCAACAUCAGCAGCGGUAUUGACGGAUGGUCACAACGAGCAGAAUCAGGCGAACGGCGAGGCUGGAGCGGCAGCAGAAGCCGCGACGGCAUCGGCAUCCGCUGAUGGUGUUGUUUCAGCCUCCUCUUCUGCGGUGGAGGUGCUCGAGGAUCCGCAUUUGCAACAGCAGUUGGAACAAGUGCAGCAGCAACUACAAAAAACUGCCAAAACUGCUGGCGGUGGCGGCGGUGGAGGUGGUGGUGGUGGUGCCAGCACAUCAAAUGCCACAACAAUUACAUCGAUAUCAGCGCUAUCGCCCACAACGCCACCACCGCCGCCGCCGCCAGCAUCCACCCAGGCCUCAGCUGGACCCAUGACAGCCAAGACCAGCACGCUGACAAGCUGCAACCAGGCACAUCCGUUAUGCAGUUCAGUGAGCUCUGUUCCCGUGACGCCCGAGACGCGGACUAAGCAGCCGCCAACUGCCUCACCGGCACCCACAACCCACCAUCAGCAUCAGCAACAGUUGUCCAGCAUAGCCAAUCCCAUGCAGAAGGUGAACAAACGGAAAGAGACGCUCGAGGCGAAACGGGAACGGAAGGCAGCCAAAACAUUAGCCAUCAUCACGGGUGCCUUUGUCGUUUGCUGGCUGCCAUUCUUUGUCAUGGCCCUGACCAUGAGCCUGUGCAAAGAGUGCGAAAUGGCAAUUAGCGACACGGUCGCCUCACUCUUCCUUUGGCUGGGCUAUUUCAACUCCACCUUAAAUCCGGUCAUCUAUACAAUAUUCAGUCCGGAAUUUCGACAGGCCUUCAAGCGGAUACUCUUUGGCGGCCACCGACCAGUCCACUAUCGGAGUGGGAAGCUCUAGAUAGUGCAUGCGAAGAGGCGAAGAAGACGCUUCUGCUAAGGGCGGACAACGCCAGUAGCCUCUUCGGCGAGACAAAAGAAAAGUAAUUCCAACACCACCACCACCACCACCAACAGCACCACCAGCAACCACCAUCCAAAUUCCAAAUGCACCUCCAAACCGAGAAUGCGAACGCUCCCCUUCUUCCCACUACUUCUUCUUCUUCUAGAUGUAUACCAAAAAGAUGACUCCAAUUCCAGUAACAUAUGAUAAUUGUUUAAGUGUAAAUAAGUUCAGCUAAAUGUGGUUAAACAUAUAAUAUUAAAUAUAUAUAUAUAUAAAAAAAAAACGUUAGUUAAGUAUUUAGCUAACUAAAAUUUUUGUAAAUGACAA